AACAAUAUGCAAAAAGGCAUCUAGCAUAAAAGGUUUAUAAUUUUGAGUCGUAUGUAGAAAUUAAAAGGCGCGAGUGUUGUAGUGUGUUCUGGAACUCUGGAAGCCUUCAUCGAGUGCACAAAUAGCUUUCGGUUUCGCUCUUAGAUAGAGACGCAGGCAUCAACUGUAUUGAUCAAGUUGAAAUAAAGCCGAUGAUCGUUAGCCUUCUCAGCCAUUCACAAAUCACAACCAGAGAAAGAAAGAAGUAGAAGCAUCAACAAAGCUUCUCAUUAUUUUCAACGCCAGACGGCUUAUCCUCCUCUGCAACGGUUCUUAGCUCAUCCCCUUCUCACUCUCACAGAUGGUUGAAAGAACUAAUUUGAUGAUGAUUGAUUAGAGAAAGACCUUCAUCAAAGUGGAGGCAUCAUGGUAAACUACGUUUAGAGGGCAAAUAUCUGUCUCAUGUACAUGUGGUGCACCGUGUCUACGAACUGCUAAUACCAGACAGUAAAGGAAGAAAAUUCUACUCAUGCCUGUCGCAGGACUGCAACUUCUUUGUGCAUGAAUCCAAGUUUAUCCAGAAUAUUGUUGAAGUGAUCUCAAUUCAAAGUAUCAAAUCGGACAUACAAGAAAGUUGCUAAGAAUCCUCUAGGACUGGAAUCUCGCGUCCGGGAUAUGCAUGAGCUUCUAUGUGUUGAGGAAAAUGAUGUUCGCAUGGUGGGAAUAUGGGGAAUUGGAGGAAUUGGUAAGACAACUGUUGCCAAAGCUGUUUAUGGGUCAAUUGCUCAUCGAUUUGAAGGUAGCUGUUUUUUGGAAAAUGUGAGAGAAAGGUCAUUAGUGCCACAUGAAGGGUUGGUUCAACUGCAAGAAACUCUUCUUUCCAAGAUUUUAGGGGGUGUAGGAGUGAAGCUGAGCAAUGUUGAUGAUCCUGCUUAUGAUAUAGAGAAAAGACUUUGGAAUAAGAGGGUUCUUAUAAUUUUAGAUGAUGUGGAUCAUCUCAAGCAAUUAGAAAACCUAGCAGGAGGAUAUAAUUGGUUUGGUGCGGGUAGUAGAGUUAUCAUAACAACUAGAGAUAAACAUCUGUUGAUUGCUCAUGGAGUUAGUUUAACAUACAAAGUCAAGGAAUUAGAAUUUUGUGAAGCUUUUGAGCUUUUCAGUUGGAAUUCCUUCAAAAAAGACCGACCUAAGGAUGAUUAUGUGACACUUGUUGAGCGUGCUGUGUAUUAUACCAAAGGCCUUCCAUUAGCUCUGACGGUUUUAGGUUCUCAUCUUUUUGGUAGAAGCAUAGAAGAGUGGCAAGAUGCAUUGGAUAGUUAUGAAAGAAUUCCUAAUAAAGAAGUCCAAGAAAUACUUAAAAUAAGUUUCAAUGGAUUAGAAGAUCAUCAGAAGGAAGUUUUCCUUGACAUUGCAUGUUUUUUCAAAGGAGAAGAUAAAGAUAUUAUAAUGGAUGUCCUAAGAAGUUGUGACUUGUACCCAGUAAUAAGUAUUGCAGUGCUCAUAGAUAAGUCCCUCUUAGCGAUUUGUAAAAGUAAUGCGCUAUGUAUGCAUGACUUAAUCGAAGACAUGGGCAAGGAAAUAGUGCGUCAAGAAUCACCCACAGAACCGGGUGAACGCAGUAGAUUGUGGUUUCAUAAGGAUGUUUUACAUGUUCUAACAGAAGAAACAGGAACAAGUAAAAUACCCAAAAAAGAAGAGAUCCAUGUGGGUGCUGAAGCCUUGUUUAGAAUGAGCAAUCUCAGAUACUUGAUAAAUCGAAAUGCAAGCCUUGUUGGAAAGUGGAAACAUUGGUUAUCUGCCCAACUCAUUAAGGUUCCUUGAUUGGUACAAAUAUCCUCUCUUGAAUCCCUACCAUCCAAUUUUAAUCCAAAGAAACUUGUUGCACUCAAUAUGCCUUCAAGCAACAUAUCACGUUUCGGACAGUCGAUCACGAAACUUGAUAGAUUUAAAUCUAUGGACUUCACUGGAUGUGAAAUGCUAAAAGAAAUCCCGGACUUCUCAGGAUUUCCGAAUUUACAGAAAUUGAUUCUUAGAGAAUGUAGGAGUUUAGUCGGGAUUCAUGACUCU